CUAAUCGUAACGUUCCGAGAGGAUCAGUGACGGGUUCUGUGGGUCAUGGAGGAGGAAGGUAAAUAAAACAGAAGCGCUAACAAACACACAGCAGCUGCCUUCACGCGGUUACCGGCGGGACGUUGGACACUGAGGCAACUUUAGCUGCGCUACGGCCGGAGAGGACGGACCGGAGCGGAGGGACCGUCGGCUCGGUGACAGCAGCAGCAGGUCGGCGUUCUCUUCUCAGGUGGUCUGAUUGGGUUUGCCUCGUCCUUGUGUUGCCAUGGCGAUGCGGGAGUUGGUGGAGGCAGAAUGUGGGGGAGCCAAUCCCCUCAUGAAGUUGACCGGUCACAUGACCAAGGAAGGGGGGGCAUGGCGGCACCGCUCAACACCUACAAUUCCCCCCUCUCCCAUUGAAAUUGCAACUGAAGAAGAGUUGGUGAAUGAGUUCCUUCAGGCGCCCCCCCGACCCCCACACACAUUUGACAUGGGUCAGCUGUUGGAGGAAAUGCAGCAGAUUGACCAGCAGAGCUACCGACAAGCUCCACAGAGAGCUCCAGAUGUGGCAGCGUUGGCCCUCUCUGGUGAUUGGACGGCCGAGUUCCUCUCCGGUCCUGACUCUGCCUCCGCUCCGGGGAUCAUCGCUCUUGGUGAUGCAGCAGAUGCUGAUUGGACGAAAGAAUUUAUUGCUGAGGCGGCAGAUCCUGGACGCUGGGCGGAGGAGUAUCUGGAACAGUCAGAGGAGAAGUUGUGGCUGGGAGACCUGGGAGACCAGGAGAAGGAAUGGACAAAGGAGUACCAAGCAGGGGAGGAGCUGAAGCAGACAGCCAAUGAGCUCGUUUCAAAAGUUGAUGACCCCAAGUUACAAAACACUGAGUUCCUGCGAUUCAUUAGGCAGAUUGGCGAGGGCAGUGUGACAGUGGAGAGCAGAACAGACAAACAGCUCAAAGAUAAAGCUCAGGCCGAGGAGGCUCAGAACUGGGCCUCCAACCUCAACCAGGUGUCGCAGGACUCGGCUGAAGCCUGGGUAGAUGAGUUUGCUACAUCAGGACCAGAUUUCCAACAUGCUAAAGCUGCAGUGGAGAGUGAUGUGGAUUUCUGGGAGAAGCUGCAGCAGGAGUGGGAGGAGAUGGCUAAGAGGGACGCAGAGAGCCACCCCUGGCUAUCCGACUUCGAUCAGCUACUCAGCACUUCCUAUGACAAGGGGUAUCAGUUUGAAGAGGACAACCCCUAUUUAUCCAACCCUGACCCUUUGUCAGAGGGAGUGAAGAGGAUGGAGGCAGGGGACAUCCCUGGUGCUGUGCGCUUAUUUGAAAGUGCUGUACAGAAAGAACCAGAUAACCAGCUGGCUUGGCAAUAUCUGGGAACCUGUCAGGCAGAGAACGAGCAGGAAUUUGCCGCCAUCAGUGCCCUCCGCAGAUGUAUAGAGCUGAAGAACGGAAACCUGACGGCUCUGAUGGCGUUGGCUGUCAGUUUCACUAACGAAUCGCUGCACAGGCAGGCCUGUGAGACUCUUCGUGAUUGGCUGAAGCACAACCCUAAAUACCGCUCUGUGUGGGAGCAGAAUGAGGGCGAACACCAGCAGGAAGGUGCCGGAGAAAAGGAGAAAGAGAGGGAGAGGUUCGGCUCACUGCUGCCAGAGUCUUUGUUUACAGAUGUUCAGUCCCUGUUCCUGCAAGCGGCCAACUCUGACCCCGCCCAGGUGGACCCCCAGCUGCAGUGUGGCCUGGGAGUUCUCUUCAACCUCAGCGGGGAGUACGACAAGGCGGUUGACUGUUUCAGCGCUGCUCUGUCUGUCACACCACAGGACUACCUGCUGUGGAAUAAGUUGGGGGCCACACUCGCCAAUGGAAGCCGCUCAGAGGAGGCUGUGGCCGCCUACAGGAGAGCUCUGGAGCUGCAGCCCGGUUUCAUACGCAGUCGCUACAACUUGGGCAUCAGCUGUGUCAACUUAGGGGCACACAGAGAGGCGGUGGAGCACUUCCUUGAAGCCCUAUCUCUACAGCGUCAGGCCUCCGGGGACGGAGCGAGAGCGGCGAGGGGACCUGGAGGUGCCGCAGCCACCAUGAUGUCUGACAACAUCUGGUCCACCUUGCGCAUGGCUCUCAGCAUGAUGGGAGAGAGCUCUUUGUACGCUGCAGCAGACCAUCGGGACUUGGACACGUUGCUGGCUCACUUCUCCCAGAGAGAGGUGGACGGUGGGACAGAAUGAGGACCAGCCGGGGGGGGGCUUAUUGAGUGCGAGUGUGAUUUGCUGGGAGGUAAAUGUCUGGGUGACUGAAUGAAGCAAAGGGGAAUCAAAGCGGUAACGGUUACAGAGAAACAGACGAGGAAGAUACUGUGAAUGAUCCACCAUCCGAGAGGCAUCAUCUUGUUAUGUGCGCUUAAAGGACUUCCAUCAAACAUUGCAGUAUUAGUCUCCCCCUGGAAGACGCAGCCAGCAGCAAUACAGUCACGUCACUGUAUUUGACAGUCCUCAUAUUUCAUCUUUCUCUGUUGCUCUGCAGAACUGGGUUCAGUGUCAGUUUUGUUGUUGAUAUGAAAUUUGUACUCGAUGAAGAAAGUAAACGAUUAAGAAUGAUGAUGAACGCAGUGUGGACAGUUUAUUACACUCAAAGCUCUCACAGUUUUACUUAACUGCAGGUUGUAGGUUAAACCGUAUACUCAGUACGGUUAUGUAGAUUGAAGGUACAAUAUUAAAAAGAGUACAGUUUUUUUUUUUUAAAUCAAAGGUGCUCCCAAGAGAAGGAUUAGGCCGGUCCAGAGUACAAACACUAAUCAGACUUGCAGCUUGUUUUUUUUUUUUGUUUUUUUAAUACAUUAUUUAAUUUUUUAGUGAUCAAUUAUCUACCAGGAUAAUAAUGAAUAGAUGGACUGUUACUGUUAUGGUAAGGUGUGUGUGUGUGUGUGUGUGUGUGUGUGUGUGUGUGUGUGUGUGUGUGUGUGUGUGUGUGUGUGUGUGUGUGUGUGUGUGUGUGUGUGUGUGUGUGUGUGUGUGUGUGUGAGUGAUCGGGUGGGGGAUUUAAUUGUGCAUCGUGCCGAUAAUAAGAUCAUAUAAUUGUAUCAUAGAGGACGAUUUCUCUGGGCUCCUCCCUUCUCUUGCUCUUUUUCAUAUCCUCUUGUAAAACAAAUUGCUUCGUUGUAAAAUAAUGCUAUAUGCCAUAUUGUGUAUUGUAACAUAAUUGUUGCACUAUAAUUGUGUUCAGGCUAGUUGUAUCCUGACUGCAAUGUUUAAUAUAAUAUUCAGCAAUAAAGCUUUGAUUCAAA